GGCGUGGAUGCCGUACGAAAUAUGACUUAACCCCUUUACUUAACUAAAUAAACAAAAAAGACUAAACCCCGCAACUAUCGGAACACAAUCUGCGAUUUCCGCGUUGUAAUAAACGCCGAGGAUCUCUUUCUCUUUGUGUAAAUACAAACUACAAAAAUAUACUUAAUCCUCUGAUCGUACCAAAUCCAAAAACCCUAAACUCUCUCUACUUGUUUCAUACUCAGUUACAUUUUACCUCAUUUGAGUUUCCGGUCUAUUACAAGAUCAAUAAUAUGGAGGAAGGAGGAAAUCAGUCAAGGUAUGUAAAGUUAACGAAAGAUCAAGCACCUUUUGAAGAAGAUAUUAAGCCUGGGGAACUCAAUCAGCCAAUUCAUGUCCCUCAGCUAGUCGUUCACAAGUGCAAUGAAUGUGGACAAGCUUUACCUGAAAGUUUUGAGCCUCCUGCAGAUGAGCCUUGGACAAGUGGGAUUUUUGGAUGUGCGGAAGACAAAGAUAGUUGCUGGACGGGACUUUUCUGCCCGUGCAUCUUGUUUGGGCGUAAUGUCGAGAGCCUGAGAGAAGAUACUCCUUGGUCUACCCCUUGUGUUUGUCAUGCCAUUUUUGUCGAGGGUGGCAUUGCUUGUGCAGCUGCAACAGCAGCAUUUCAUGGUAUUGAUCCAAGUACAUCGUUCCUCAUUGGUGAAGGCUUAUUGUUUGGUUGGUGGAUGUGUGGAAUAUAUACUGGCCUCUUCCGGCAGUCACUGCAGAAGAAGUAUCAUCUCAAGAAUUCUCCGUGUGAUCCUUGCAUGGUGCACUGCUGCUUGCACUGGUGUGCCUUGUGCCAGGAGCAUAGGGAGAUGAAAAGCCGUCUGUCAGAUAAUGCUGCUAUGCCAAUGACAAUAGUCAAUCCUCCUCCUGUCCAGGAGAUGAAUGCUGCUCGUGACAACCGUGAAUCUGUACCUUCCUCAGCAAAUAGCACCGAACAAACCAACCUCGAGAUGCAAGCUCUAUGAAAACUAAAAAUCAAUUUACCAUAUCAGAUAGCUGCUCAAAGAGUUCGCGUGAGUGUGUCCUUGCUAAGUUAUACAGGAAAAGAUGGUCAUUGUUUUAGAGGAAAAUAGCUCUUCAACUUCUUGUUGUGAUGAAAUUGCCUUUUUGAUGCACAGGUUCGGCCAAUACUGUAUUGAACUGCAAAUGAGUAGCGGCAUUACUCUUUUGUUUGAGUGUUUCAGAAACAUUAAAUUUAUUUAGAGUCGAAGGUCAAAAGACUAACCUAUAAUAAAAAAUCUUUUAUUCUGCUUUCUAUAGUA